AUGGGUAUGAGCGGGUACAAGAGAAUGGGCUCCGAGGUCGAGGACGAUGAUUUUGACGACGAUUUGGUUCGAUACCAGCGUCGGUUGAAGAGGAGGAAAAGUACCAGAAGAUAUGUUUUUGCCUGUGCGGUCUUUGUUUCUCUCAACACCGUCCUCCUAGGCUAUGAUGGAGGUGUCAUGAGUGGAGCAAUUAUAUUCAUUCAGGAAGAUCUCAGAAUAACUGAGGUUCAGAUAGAAGUCCUUGUCGGUUGUUUGAGCAUAAUUUCGCUCUUCGGUAGCAUAGCUGGAGGCCGAACAUCAGACAUUAUCGGUAGAAAAUGGACGAUGGCGUUGGCUGCUGUUGUCUUCCAAGUGGGCGUGGCUGUUAUGACCUUUGCUGGUUCAUUUCGAGCACUAAUGAUAGGAAGAUUGCUGGCGGGGGUUGGAAUGGGUUUUGGAGGCAUGAUAACUCCACUUUACAUUGCCGAAAUUUCACCAACCAUCAGUCGGGGCACGCUCUCUUCCUUUCCAGAGAUCUUCGUGAAUCUAGGAAUCCUCCUAGGUUAUGUCUCGAACUACAUAUUUGCAGACCUUUCAGUGCACAUAAACUGGAGGGUCAUGCUUGGAAUUGGGAUAUUGCCCUCAGUCUUCAUCGGUUUCGCACUCUUUGUGAUCCCUGAGUCUCCAAGAUGGUUGGUCAUGAAGAACCGUGUGGACGAAGCAAGAUUGGUUCUUUUGAAGACGCACGAAGAUGAGAGAGAGGCUGAAGAGAGGCUUGCAGAAAUACAAUUAGCUGCUGGAACUGGAAAUAAUGCGAGGAAAUAUGGAGGCAAAGCCGUGUGGCAAGAGCUGCUGUGCCCUUCUCCUCCUCUACGACGGAUGCUAAUCACGGGUAUUGGAAUCCAGUGCUUCCAACAGAUAACGGGCAUAGAUGCUGCCGUCAUUUACAGCCCGGAGAUUUUCAAAAAUGCGGGAAUGAAAGGUAAUUCAAAUCUUCUCGCGGCUACAGUUGCUGUGGGUGUUACAAAGACUUCUUUUAUACUGGUCGCUAUAUUUCUGAUCGACAAGGUCGGGAGGAAGCCGUUGCUUUAUGUUAGCACGAUCGGCACGACCGUUUGCUUGUUCGGCGUCGGGGUCUCUCUCUAUUUGCUAAAGGAAGGAGGAGCUGGAGCAGCAGCACCUCUGUUGGCGAUUCUUUUUGUUUGUGGUUACGUAGCUUUCUUUUCCGUUGGAAUCGGCCCUAUCUGUUGGGUGGUGUCCUCAGAAAUUUUCCCAUUGAGGUAUCGUGCUCAAGCAGCAGCGCUCGGGGCGGCUGGCAAUAGGGUGUGCAGCGGGCUCAUCUCCAUGUCCUUCCUCUCGGUAUCUCGAGCAAUCACGGUAGCGGGAACGUUCUUUGCAUUUGCCGCAAUGUCGGCUGUUUCUGUUGCAUUUGUUUACGUGCUUGUUCCAGAAACAAGAGGGAAAUCAUUGGAGCAGAUCGAGUCGCUGUUUCAGACCCGCGAUUGUGAAGGAAGCCACGUCAAGAUGGAAGACACUGAGCGUCUUGUGGAGAAAGUCACUUGA